ACAAAGAAAUAAAAUGCUUAGAUUUGCAAUUUCGGUAUAAAGAAAAAUGGCAAAGCUUAGAUGCAAAAAUAAGCUUUGGAUAUUCUCCCAAAACCUGUGUCCACUAUGCUAAAAUUGUAAUCGAUAGUAUAAGUAUCCUAUUAAUCGAAGAAAAUAAUAAUAAAGCCAGCUCUAGUAAAAAUAAUUUAUCUCAUUCUAAAACAGAAAUCGAUAAACCUGAUCUAAAUUUAGAAAAGUUUGUAGAUAUGUUUAAAAAAUUAUCUAUAGAGACUAAUUUAUCCAGUUCCGAUUCAGAAUCCACAGGUUCAGACUGGUAUAAUCUUGAUCUAAAAAAACCUGAAAGAAACGCAUCUAUAUUACAAAGAAAAAGGUUAUCUCUUCUAGCCGAAAACAUCGUAGAAAUAAGCCAAUUAGAACUAA